AACACAAACAUAUAUACAUUCAAAACCUUAACAUAUAUAUAUAUAUGGCAACCACUACCUGCGGCGGCGGCGUUGCGGUCAUAGAUUUCUGGGCUAAUGGGUUUGGUAUGAGGAUGAGGAUAGCUUUGGAGGAGAAGGGGAUUGCAUACCAGUACAAGGAAGAAGACCUAAACAACCCUCAGAGGAGCCAUCUGGUUCUUGAAAUGAACCCGGUUCGCAAAUCGGUUCCCAUACUGGUUCAUGAGGGGAGACCGGUUUGUGACUCUGUUGCUAUUCUUGAGUACAUUGAUGAUACUUGGAAAGAUGGGUUUCCUUUGCUGUUGCCGGAGGAUCCUUAUGAGAGAGCCACUGCAAGAUUCUGGACUCAUUUCAUUGAUAAUAAGUUUUUCCCAACACAAGCAACGUUCUUGAAGAGCAAAGGUGAAGCCAAACAAGAAGCUCAGAAGGAACUGAUUAAUGAGCUGAAACAAUUAGAACAAGUCUUGGGAGACAAAUCAUACUUUGGAGGUGAGAAAUUUGGGUUCUUUGAUGUGGCUUUCAUCCCAUUUUCUAGCAUGUUUUAUGGAUAUGAAAGUCAUGGUAAGUUCAAGUUGGAGGAGGAGUGCCCAAAGCUAUUAGCCUGGGUUAAAAGAUGCAUGGAAAGAUCAAGUGUCUCCAAGAUUCUUCCGGAUUCAGUUAAAAUGUAUGAAUUGCAUAAGAUAUGGUACGGGGUUGAGUAGAUAUUUAAAAAUUAUCACGUUGUUGUACUUAAAUUCAAUAACAACUUUUGUAAUAGAGUUGCUAAUACCAACUUAUGUUUGGGCAUUUUGUU